CUGUUGUCGGUCUUUUACGCUUGUCGGCCGAAGGUGAAGUGGGUUCGAGCGUGCGAGUGUCAGUGAAGGAUGUCAUCCAGUGGACUUUUAACCAUGAACGCUCGAAUUUGUAGACGCCUGGCUCACAAAUAUCUCACAAGGACCUACACAACUCGUCCUUCCCUCAAUGAAGUUGUCAUUGUCAGCGCCGUCCGAACCCCAAUGGGCUCCUUUAAAAGCAGCCUGGCUUCAGUACCAGCCACAAAGCUCGGCUCCAUCGCGAUCAAGGGGGCGAUAGACAAAGCAGGCAUUGCUCCAGAAGAAGUGAAGGAGGUUUACAUGGGAAAUGUAUUACAAGCAGGAGAAGGACAAGCUCCCACCCGACAGGCUCUUCUCGGAGCUGGCUUGACUCUCAGCACUCCAGCAACAACCAUCAACAAAGUCUGCGCCUCUGGGAUGAAGUCCAUCAUGAUGGCAGCUCAGAAUCUCAUGUGCGGUCACCAGAAUGUGAUGGUGGCCGGGGGGAUGGAGAGCAUGUCCAAUGUCCCGUACGUCAUGGCCAGAGAGACUCCUGCCUACGGAGGCGUGAGAAUGGAAGACCUCAUCGUGAAAGACGGACUCACUGACGUCUACAACAAAUUUCACAUGGGGAACUGUGCGGAGAACACUGCCAAGAACAGCGGCAUCAGCAGGGAGGAGCAGGACACCUACGCCAUCAGCUCCUACUCUCGCAGCAAAGCAGCGGUGGAGUCCGGGAUCCUCGCCAAGGAGAUCGUCCCAGUCAGCAUCCCUCAGAGAGGCAAACCAGACCUUGUCGUGUCUGAGGACGAGGAGUGGAGACGAGUGGACUUCAGCAAAGUGCCCAAACUGAGGGCCGUGUUCCAGAAAGAGAACGGCACAGUGACCGCAGCUAAUGCCAGCACCUUGAAUGACGGCGCAGCUGCUCUGGUUCUGAUGACAGCAGACGCCGCAAAGAGACUCAAUGUCACUCCACUGGCCAGGAUCGUGUCAUUCGCAGAUGCUGCUGUCGCUCCCAUUGACUUCCCGAUAGCUCCUGCCUUCGCAGUGCCCAAGGUGCUGGAAGCUGCCGGACUGAGCAAGGAAGACAUCUCCAUGUGGGAGAUCAACGAGGCCUUCAGCGUGGUGGUGCUGGCCAACAUCAAAAUGUUGGAUAUCGAUCCAGCCAAAGUGAAUGUAAACGGCGGCGCUGUGUCACUGGGUCAUCCCAUUGGAAUGUCUGGGGCAAGAAUCGUGGGUCACAUGGUGCACAACCUGCAGUCGGGCCAGUACGGUCUUGCUGGCAUUUGCAACGGAGGAGGAGGAGCUUCUUCCAUCAUCAUCCAGAAGCUGUAGGCGGCCUCCACCGGGAAGCCCUGCUGUCUAGAACGACUUGACCAAUGAACCCUCUGUUGUAAAAGGAAUCUGUUACAGCUGCUGCUGGCCUUAAUUGCACAGCGUUCGGGAAAACAUGUGACAUGGACAGUGCACUUUUCCAACACACUCCUUUGUUGCUAGUGCGAGUGGAAAAAUAAAUUC